AUGUCUUUACCUAUUCACCAAGAAAAAUACAAGCAAAUACAACAAAAAUUAAAUGAAGCUCAAGAGUUACAUACAUUACUUUCUAAAGACUGUGCUAGAGCAAAGAAAAAGAUUCGUAUCUUGACUUUUGAGAAAAAUUUACUUUUAGAUAGUAUAGCACGCUUAUAUCAAAACAUAAAACAAGAAGAAGAUGUGUAUCAACAUGACUCUCAGCAAAAACGAAGGGACCCACAGCUGACAACAGUUGCUUCUGCACCCCCUAAGCGAUCCAAAAUCAACCAUACCAACACGAAACCUAGAAGAGUUCAACCUAUUCAAAAAGACGAGCACGGCCAUCCUACUUUACCACAACAGAUUGGUGUCUUGACUGUCCUAAGUUUAGGCAACAUCAUUACAGAUCGUGAUACAUUUCAUAAUGAACGGUACAUCUUUCCUGUAGGCUACACAGUCCAGCGAACAUAUCCUAGCAUGAUCCAUCCCAAUAGUCUUACCAUCAUCACCUCGACCAUUCUGGACGGUGGGGAUGGUCCUCGCUUUCAUGUGGUAGCAGCUGAUCAGCCCGAUGAACCUAUCAUUGCCAACUCGGCUACAGGUGCCUGGACAGUGGUCGUGCGUCGUUCAAAUGAAAUCAGGCACCGAGACCAUUCGAAUUCAGCCAGUGGUCCUGAUUAUUAUGGCUUUAAACAUCCUACCAUUGCGAAAAUGAUUCAGGAUUUACCGAAUGCACGCCGUCUCAAGUAUUAUAUCUGGCAAACAUUUGAAGAGAUGGAGCCUAGGGCAGCCAAGGGAGUCAUGGCUGCAGCUGAAAAGAAAAGAGAUCAUUUAGAACACAUGGGCAAUAUGCAUCGUAAAGAUGAUAUCAUGCCUCGCACAUUAUCAGAUGAAGAUGAAUUGGAUACAAGUGAAUAA